AUGCGUAGUAUGGCAUCACCUUCUUGUAACACCCACUGUGAUCCUUUGCACGUACCAGAUGGUUAUGACUGGACUUUGACAGACUUCAACUAUUCCCAAUUCACCCCCCUUGCCUAUCAAUCCUCUACCCCUACACUGGCGCAGCUAUCGAGAGUAUAUGCGGAUCCUCUUCGAUAUACUUAUCCCGUACAGUAUCCUGUUGCAUCUGUGGCGCCUAGCUUCACUGUGUCUUCUGGCUCGCCCUGGACUUGUUCCGGUAUGCGUAGCUUCAAUCAAAAUGCCAUACAUCAACCUUCAGUCGAUAAUGACUGUGCAGCUACGGCCCCCGGGGACCAGGCGACAGGCCAUGUCGGCCCUAGGCACGACAUCGCCUGCACCAAUUUUUCAGCAUCUGCUUCAUCUGCCCCAAGGACAUCUCAGGCCAAAGCUACCAGUGAUAGCUAUACCAAGGGAAAGAGACCUUCUGGUCGUACCCAAGGACGCCAGCGGAAACAGGAGUGA